GCAACAAGAUAUAAAAGUUAGAGGCAAGUCAGAGAAAAUAAGCUAUAAGGCACUUAAAUUGGACUUUCCCCCUCAUUUACUCUUUUAAUUUUAUUUUAAAUUAGUUCAGAAUUAGGAGGGAGACACUUUAAAGUUGAAAGACAAAGAGGUUUUGAAAUAUUUCCUGAGUGCAAAGAUGUCUGAUUCUGGAGUCAGUCCACACUUGGAUGGAAUUAUUUCUGAUUUUGAAGCUCUGAAGAGAUCCUUUGAAGUGGAGGAUGUUGAUACUUCAGGUCACUCUUCGCCCGGCCCCCGCCGUACAACCAGCUCCUCUCACCGUAACACCAUGUCUCCUACCAGCAUCUACUACCGAGAUCUGGGCACUGCCAACCCACCCACCACCACCAACAACCUCAACUUCACCCAACCCCGCUCCAUCAUGGGUGGAGGAGGCUCCAAGCCCCCCGAGCCCAUGUCGCGCCGCUCUGAACUUUCCAUUGACAUCUCAUCUUCUUCCAGCAAGCAGGUUGAUAAUGUCACCAGCCCUGCUUCCACACGCUUCAUGACUAAUAGUGUCCUGAAACGCCUCGAAGUUCUGGGCCACUCCAAAACCCCUGAGGUGAGCCACAAGAGGGAGGUCACCUUUGCCAGAGCACCUAGUGACUCCCCAGUGAUACGCCGCCAUGAGGGCAGCAGUAACAACAAUGGGAUCAGCCGUGCUCCCGAGCAGAAUCACGCUCGCAGGUUUGAGCCCCCUGGUCCUGGGGAUGUACGCAAACCUGACAUCAGCACCACCAGAGCUCCUCCAGAGAACAACAGCCACCACCCAUCAGUGCACCACCCACAUCAUCCCAACCCUCACCACAACACCAUUGUCACCACCUUCCGCUGCUCCUCCCCUAAUCUGCCUGGACGCAAAUCUCCCAACCCUGACAGGUCAGAGGUCAAUCUGAGCCACAGCAACAUGUCUGAGACCGCCAAGCCCCACCACCCUGUCCCUCCAGGUAAGGGGGAGAAGACCCAUGACAGCGACUUCAGCUACGUGGGCAUCGAUGCCAUUCUGGAGCAGAUGAGGAGGAAGGCUAUGAAGCAGGGCUUCGAGCUCAACAUCAUGGUCGUGGGUCAAAGUGGCUUGGGGAAGUCCACCCUGAUGAACACCCUGUUCAAAUCCAAGGUGAGCCGUAAAUCAGUUCAGCCCGUGCCAGAGGAGAGGAUCCCCAAGACCGUCGAGAUCAAGUCCAUCAGUCACGAUAUUGAGGAGAAAGGAGUGAGGAUGAAGCUGACAGUAAUUGAUACUCCUGGCUUUGGAGAUCAGAUCAACAAUGAAAACUGCUGGCAGCCCAUUAUGAAGUUUAUCAACGACCAGUAUGAAACCUACCUACAGGAGGAAAUCAACAUCGACAGGAAGAAGAGGAUCCCAGACUCCAGGGUGCACUGCUGCAUAUACUUCAUACCUCCCACUGGGCACUGUCUGAGGCCUCUGGAUGUGGAGUUCAUGAGUCGUCUCAGUAAAGUGGUAAACAUCGUCCCAGUCAUCGCCAAAGCUGACACGCUCACCCUGGAGGAGAGGGACCACUUUAAACAGACGAUUAGAGGAGAGCUGCGAGCCAAUGGAGUUGAUGUUUACCCUCAGAAAGAGUUUGACGAGGAUGCGGAGGACAGGGUGAUCAAUGAUAAAAUCAGGGAGAUGAUUCCAUUUGCUGUGGUGGGCAGUGACCAGGAGUACCAGGUGAACGGGAAAAGGAUUCUUGGCAGGAAAACAAAGUGGGGCACCAUAGAGGUUGAGAAUAUCGCACACUGUGAGUUUGCUUACCUGCGAGACCUUCUCAUCAGGACACACAUGCAGAACAUCAAGGAUAUCACGGGCAGCAUCCACUAUGAAACCUACCGUGUCCGCCGGUUAAACGAAUCUAACACCCAUUUCACCUCUCACGCCUCUGACGAUCCUGCUCUUCAGCCAGAGAGCAAUGGUCAGCAGGAGGAGCGACCCAGCUCCCCGCAGGCCAACGGAGUGGCUGCUCAACAUGAAGCUCUGUCCCACGAGAUGUAGAGAGUCCCUGUGUGGUGCCAAAAAUGAUGAUUCCCGGCACAAACCAUACACUCAUACGUAUAUUCUGUUUACAUAAACAUGAACACAGUCACAAACUCAUGCUGUGAAGACAAUUUAUAUGACCUAGAAGGACUGCCUAACCACAGCUUUUAAUUUAUUAGGACGUUACAUGACACAGAGUAUCCCAACAUUUUCCUUCAGUGGGCUGGUUUCCUGUCUUCUUCCUUCAUUACAAUUAUUAUGAGCAAAAUCAGCCAUUACUGCAGGCCCACAUAUUGUAUACAACUCCUUUUUGUUUUUUUUUCCCCCAUCUGCCUGACUGUCCAGUGCCGUCCACAUUCAGGUUGGUUUUCAAUAAACCACAAAAAUCGUCAGGUUAUGAAGAAACAAAAAUGUAUUCAUACAGUACAUAUCUCAUAGCUCUGCAGUGGAGAGUACAGCAAGCAGUAACAGUGAAGCAAUAGGCACAAGAGUUUGAUCAGAAUCAGUCGGAAUGAUGGAAAGCAUGUCCAGAUGUGUCAGAUUUGUCCCAUCCCUGUGGGGUACAGAAUACCUGUGCAGAAUCUUAGGAUCAGAUGAUGCUAGAUUAGCUCUAAACUAGAAGUAACGUGUCACUGGCCUGGUCUGCUUUGUGUUGUGCAUGGUUUUGUAUAGAUGCUAGGGGUUAGGUAGGGAUAUUUAGAGUAGGUUUAUAGUGUAAUGGAGGAAGUGAAGAUGUUGUUGACACCUCCACACUGCAAAACAAAA